AAAGAUCAGCACCAAAUAUAAAUAUAGCACAUUAAAGUUCUAUAUCAACGUCAAUAAAAAAUACUGGAAUUCAGAACCCAACCACCCAAAACUAAAAGAAUAUAUGAACGACGUAGUAGCUAGCAAUCAAGCAAUCACACACUUCCCCUCAAUCCCAACAUUAUUACAUGCCAACAAAUUCGAUAGGAAGCAGCUUCAUCUGUUGUAAUCAAGAAAAUGUCUUCUCCCAGCAUUUGGAGCUCCAUUUUUGUUCUUCUAAUUACAGUAGUGUACAAGGUUGUGGGGUGGGGACCUAUUGAUCCCACCAAAGGGUUCAUCUCUCAGCAUCUGAACCGUUCAAAUCUCGUGAUCCAAUGGCCAUACGACGUGCCCGAAGAUGAGAGGUACAGCUUCAAGAGAGGGGUUCACAAAUUGUGGGUUUUCAAGACAGAUAAACCUCACACUCCCACCUCUAAAACCAAGCCUCGUACUGAGAUUCGUGUUCAGGGAAACGACUACUCCUCUGGAGUAUGGCAAUUCGAAGGGUACGUGUAUGUGCCAUAUGGCACUUCCGGUGUAUGCAUCAUGCAGGUUUUCGGGUCCAUCCCACCUCAGGCCUCGACCCUAAUGCUAAGAGUGUACAACGGGACGCUCUCGUACUAUCGAACGCCAGUCGUGCCAAACAUAUAUGGGAGAUGGUUGAAGUUGAAUGUUGUUCAUGAUGUUGAGGGAAGGAGAGUGGAAGUGUACAUUGAUGGAGUGCUGAAAUAUGAAGCAACUGGUAGAGGUGGACCUGAGGGAACCUCUCAUUACUUCAAGUGUGGGGUUUAUGCUCAGAAUGAUGCUUCUUACUAUAUGGAGUCACGUUGGAAGAAGAUUAGGGUUCUUAAGAAAUGUCAAUAAUGAUAUAUAUGAUGGAUUUGCUCUUUUUAAUUUGAAUAAAUUGGCAUAAUUAAUGUUUAAUUUUAUGUAUUCUCAAUUUUGGUACUUCAUCAGUGUGAAGUGUAAGUUUAAUUCG